UCUGCAAACUGCUGGUCCUCCCUUUAUCCUGUUACCAUGUCCAAUGGUUACAAUGUGAAGUUCUGCCACAGCAAAGCUCUGACCUGCCCGUAUCCAGGAUCUCGUGUGGAGCGUAGCCCAGUUCCUGAAGACAAAAUAGGCUGGCUGGUGGAGUGGAAAGAUUAUCAUCCUGUGGAGUACACUUCAGGGUCUGUUUUGGCUGGACCCAGUUGGGCAGAUCCCCAAAUCAAUGAUCAAGGUUUUUCUCCCAAGUUCAAUGAGAGGGAUGGGCAAGUGGAGAGGAAGAGUCUGAGUGGCUUGUAUGUGGUGGAAAAUGGGAGGCCCCGAAACCCAGUGGGCAGGACUGGCCUCACAGGCAGAGGAUUAUUAGGGCGCUGGGGACCAAACCAUGCUGCUGAUCCUGUUGUGACUAGGUGGAAGAGGGAUGGAAGUGGCAAGAGAGUUGCUCAUCCAGUUACUGGGAAAAACAUCUUGCAGUUUGUAGCUAUCAAGAGGAGAGACUGUGGGGAGUGGGCUAUUCCAGGGGGGAUGGUGGACCCAGGGGAGAAGAUUAGCGCUACCCUGAAGCGAGAAUUUGGAGAGGAAGCCUUGAACUCCUUGCAGAAAUCACCUGAGGAGAAAGCAGAAUUGGAGAAGCAACUCCAUAAGCUGUUCAGCCAGGAACAUUUUGUGGUGUACAGAGGGUAUGUGGAUGACCCUCGUAACACUGAUAAUGCCUGGAUGGAGACAGAGGCUGUGAACUAUCAUGAUGAAACUGGUGAGACAAUGGAUAAUUUGCCUCUGGAAGCAGGUGAUGAUGCUGGAAAAGUGAAGUGGGUUGACAUCAGUGAGAAGCUCAAGCUGUAUGCAAGUCAUAGCUACUUCAUUAAGCUUGUGGCUGAGAGAAGAGGAGCCCACUGGAGUGAGGCUCCUGGUCCUGAGUGCCAUGAGGGAUGUAAAUAAGGAAUCAAUGGA